CCAGUAUUCUUGCCUGGAAAGUCCCAUGGACAGAGGAGUUUGGUGGGCUACAAUCCUUGGGGUCUCAAAGAGUCAGACAUGACUUAGCAACAAUAGCAAACAAAAGAGAUGGCAGAUACUUCUGACCACUGUUGUGUGGAGGUGAAUGAUCCAGGGUGUCGAUCACAGAGAAGCAAGGCAGGGCUAGGUCCUCACACCCUGUGCUGGGUGGAGACGCAAGCCACACACACACACUCACACACACACAGAGGCAUAUACACAAAGAACAGAUACUGCCCCCACACACAGACGCAGGUACGUGCAUACACACAGAGACAGAAGGCCAGACCACACACAUACAGAGGGACGCACAGACAUCACACACGUGUGUACACACGCGCACCCACCCACUCUCUCCAGCACUGCUGGUGGGCACAGCAGACCCCUGCCCAAGUCUGCAGACCAGCCUCCGGUCCCUGUCCGUCCGUCUCUGUGCCGCUCGGGCAGCUCAGGAUAAGGGCACGUCUCCCCCAGCCUGCACCCUCCCCCUUGUGAGCUCUCAGGACUGGCAGACAGACAAAGGGCAGGCAGCGAAGGAUGACUGAGCACCUUCUCUGGGCCAGACUCUGGAUGGGGCACACUGCCAAAGAGACGUUUUCAAACCAUUCGGAACCGCGGAUCACUUUGUGUAGAGGGAACCUGGGAGGGAAGCCCAGCAGAUACAGCAAGGGUGAGGGGAGCUGCUCUGGCUGGAGCGGGGAGGGGUCCGCUGCCCCAUCUUCUGUCCAUGCCCCCGGCCCCACCGUCAGCCAGGGCAAGUCCAAACAGCCCGAGGACUGCCCCUGCGGGGCGCUCCACACCUCACUGACCACUCAGAACCACUCUGGGAAGGAAGUGUUAUGGUCUCCACUCGGCAGAUGAGAACACUGAGGUCCACCCGGGGAGAAGACUCGUCCAAGCUCACAACACUGUUAGGAGACGAAGCCAAGGUCACCGACUCCUGUCGUGAUUCCAAAGCCUGCGGUGGUUCCCAGUGCCCAGUGGCUCCCUGUCAUGAGGACAGCUUCCUGCAUUGUGACCCUCCAGGGUCCUGCUUCUAGAUUCUUCCAUGACUGAGCACCCUGCUGACCCUGUGUGAGAGUGUGUGUGUGUGAGAGUAGGAGGGUGCGCGUGUGUGUCUGUCUGCCCUGGGUUAACCCUUAAGCAGGACUGAAGCCUGGUCAACCCACCGUGUGAGUGUGAGUGUGAGCAUCUGACAUGACAGCUGUUCUCAGGCAGGUGAGCAUGACACACGCGUGGUGCCCGUUCUGCACCGAGCGCCCUGGGGGAGUGUCCGGCCGGCUGGAAGUGCUAAAACCUUGGGUCGAGGUCUGGAGCGGAAAGGGACAAGGAUGGGGAUGGGCAAGUCCGGGCCCGCCUGACAUGGGGAGGGGCACGAUGCCGGAGCUGGGGCAGGGGAGGGGGUGCACCAGUUUAAGCCCACCCCCCACAGAACACCCAGCUCCUCAGCCCACAUCUUCCCUGAGCCCUGCGGCCGCUUCUCCCCGCAACCUUCCCAGCUGAGGCUGCUGGGGAGGCAGGGAAAGGGCGGUGCUGGCCCAUGCUGAGGCUGAAAGAGGUUUGGGAGCCCUUCUUUGUGGGGAGUGGAGCCCACAGUGAGGCAGAGAGACCCUGAGCUUGCCUGGUCUGCAGGCCCUGCACGGGCCCCAGGCCUCCACUGUCCACCCCCAUCCAGGCCAGCCUUCCCAGGCCCUCGGGAGCACUGCUGUCUCAGAGCUGCAGGAGACACCGGAGCACCCGCCUGCCACAGGAGGACGCUGAAGCACAGGAGCACGUGGGUUUCGGAGCAAGCUAGCAGCGGAGUCCCCAGCCAGGCUGUCUCCCUCAACCUUAGACCUUCUCCUGCUCUUAGCUUCCUGCAAAGCAGGUGGUGGGGCUGAGAGGUGGGACCUGCAGCGGUGUGACCUCUCCCUGCAGCCUGGGGGCCCCACAACCCAGGCUUACUCUGACCACCGGAAGGAGGCCCCUGGACUCCACACUCCCCCAAACGGUGCGGGUUUGCCUGGAGAUGGGGGUAGGUGGCCCCACUCCUGCUCCAGGAUGAGGCCCCCACCUCUCAGACUGACGGAGAGAGGCUCUGAUUGCUAUUGGUGCCCCCAGGGAGCACGUUUUCCAGGUCUUCAGGAUUUAACCACACCUCUGCUCAUCCUGACUUCCCUGGUAGCUCAGGCGGUAAAGAAUCUGCCUGUAAGGCAGGAGAACCAUGUUCGAUCCCUGGGCUGAUCAAACCCGGUUCAACUGAUCCCAGAUUGGAUCCCGGGGUCAAUCCCUGGUUGAUCCCUGGGUUAAUCGAACCCGGUUUGAUUGAUCCCAGGUUGGGUCCCUGGGUCAAGAGGAUCCCCUGAAGGGCAACUCGUCUCGGCAGGCAGGAAGUUUGUCUAGGAGCUGCGUUAUCUCUUGCCCAGAGGCCUGUCGGGACCACUAGUCCACCUGGCGGGGAGCCUUGCUAAGGGGGCCACAGUUACGGCUCCAUCAUGCACUGCACAUAAGGGUGUGAGGGGUGGGAUGCAUCAGUGAAACUCCUCCCCACUGCUAGAAAAUAAGGCUGGUUCCUAGAGGCUAGAGGCAGCUCACAGAGGCCCUCAUUACCCUCCAACCCAGCCACUGUGGGAGCGCGACCGGGGGGAAUGGGCCUGAGAAGAUGGAGCCAGUUCCCCACACCCGGGCUCAGGCCCCGGCCUGAGCUCUCCAGCCCUCCAGGAGAGCUGUUCCCGGUGAACAGGCAGCGGCUUCUUGCCUCCCGAUUAGUCACUGCCUUCACUUCCCGAGCAGCACCACUCAGCAGCACCACUCAGCGGGCGGCAGGAGGAGGGGAGGGGCCCAGGGCAGAGCCAGACCCCCGGGGGCCAGCAAGAGGCACUCAGCCCAGGAAGAGCUACUGGGCAAUAGCCAGGCCCUUCCCCGGGGCCCUGGAGAGGGUGGGAGCGACUCUAGCCUUUCCUCGGGCUGAGGCAGAAGCGUUGGAGCCGGGAGUGCACUGCUCAGCUCCGAGGCCUCCCCAUCCGUCUGCCCCACCAGGUCCCUGUCGGCCUCCAGCCGGACGCUCCCUGUGCUGGGCUGAGGCUCGUCUCCGCUGCCCGCCCCAGCCUGGAGCCCACCAUGGGGACGCCCCUCGGGAGGAGAGCAUGCCUGCUGAUGCUGGUAGCCGCAGCCCUAGUCUCCACGCCAGCUUGGAGCUCGGCCUGGGGAUCCCCAGCUACCUUUGGGCCUGUCUUUGAAGAGCAGCCCCUUGGCCUGCUAUUCCCAGAGGAGUCCACAGAGGAGAAGGUGACGCUGGCCUGCCGUGCGCGGGCCAGCCCUCCGGCCACCUAUAGGUGGAAGAUGAACGGCACCGACAUGAAGCUGGAGCCAGGCUCCCGCCAGCAGCUGGUUGGGGGCAACCUGGUCAUCAUGAACCCCAGCAAGGCCCAGGAUGCUGGUGUCUACCAGUGCCUGGCCUCCAACCCCGUGGGCACUGUCGUCAGCAGAGAGGCUGUCCUCCGCUUCGGCUUUCUGCAGGAAUUCUCCAAGGAGGAGCGAGACCCAGUGAAGACCCACGAAGGCUGGGGGGUGAUGCUACCCUGUAACCCACCCGCCCACUACCCAGGCUUGUCCUACCGCUGGCUCCUCAAUGAGUUCCCCAACUUCAUCCCAACGGACGGGCGGCACUUCGUGUCCCAGACCACAGGGAAUCUGUACAUCGCCCGGACCAAUGCCUCAGACCUGGGCAACUACUCCUGCCUGGCCACCAGCCACAUGGACUUCUCCACCAAGAGCGUCUUCAGCAAGUUUGCUCAGCUCAACCUGGCCGCAGAAGACACCAGGCUCUUUGCUCCCAGCAUCAAGGCCCGGUUCCCAGCAGAGACCUACGCGCUGGUGGGACAGCAGGUCACCCUGGAGUGCUUCGCCUUUGGGAACCCGGUGCCCAGGAUCAAAUGGCGCAAAGUGGACGGCUCCCUGUCCCCGCAGUGGGCCACGGCCGAGCCCACCCUGCAGAUCCCCAGCGUGGGCUUCGAGGACGAGGGCACCUACGAGUGUGAGGCGGAGAACGCCAAGGGCCGCGACACCGUCCAGGGCCGCAUCAUCGUGCAGGCUCAGCCCGAGUGGCUCCGGGUCAUCUCAGAUAGGGAGGCUGACAUCGGUUCCGAUCUCCACUGGGCCUGCGCCGCCGCCGGCAAGCCCCGGCCGGCAGUGCGCUGGCUGCGGAACGGGGAGCCUCUGACCUCCCAGGCCCGGGUAGAAGUGCUGGCCGGGGACUUGCGGUUCUCCAAGCUGAGCCUGGAGGACUCGGGCAUGUACCAGUGCGUGGCGGAGAACAAGCACGGUACCAUCUACGCCAGCGCGGAGCUGGCGGUGCAAGCGCUUGCCCCCGACUUCAGGCUGAACCCCGUAAGGCGUCUCAUCCCUGCAGCCCGAGGAGGAGAGGUUGUGAUCCCCUGUCAGCCCCGGGCCGCUCCCAAGGCCGUGGUGCUCUGGAGCAAAGGCACUGAGAUUUUGGUCAACAGCAGCAGAGUGACCGUGACUCCGGAUGGCACCUUGAUCAUCAGAAACAUCAGUCGGUCCGAUGAAGGCAAAUACACCUGCUUUGCUGAGAACUUCAUGGGGAAAGCCAACAGCACAGGCACCCUGUCUGUGCGAGAUGCAACCAAAAUCACACUAGCCCCCUCGAGCGCUGACAUCAACUUAGGUGACAACCUGACCCUGCAAUGCCACGCCUCCCACGACCCCACCAUGGACCUCACCUUCGUCUGGACCCUGGACGACUUCCCCAUUGACUCUGACAAGCCUGGGGGUCAUUACCAAAGGGCCAGCAUGAAGGAGACGGUCGGGGAUCUGACCAUCCUGAAUGCCCAGCUGCGCCACGGUGGGAAGUACACAUGCACAGCCCAGACAGUGGUGGACAGUGCGUCUAAGGAGGCCACGGUCCUGGUCCGAGGUCCGCCAGGUGCCCCAGGAGGCGUGGUGGUGAGAGACAUCAGCGACACCUCUGUCCAGCUCAGCUGGAGCCGUGGCUUUGACAACCACAGCCCCAUUGCCAAGUACACCCUGCAAGCUCGCACUCUGCCUUCAGGGAAGUGGAAGCAGGUUCGGACUAAUCCCGCCAACAUCGAGGGAAACGCUGAAACUGCCCAAGUGCUGGGCCUUACGCCCUGGAUGGACUACGAGUUCCGGGUCUUAGCCAGCAACAUCCUGGGCACUGGGGAGCCCAGUGGACCCUCCAGCAAAAUCCAGACCAAGGAAGCAGCCCCCUCGGUAGCCCCGUCGGGUCUCAGCGGAGGCGGUGGAGCGCCGGGAGAGCUCACUGUGACCUGGACGCCCAUGUCCCGGGAGUACCAGCACGGAGGCGGCUUCGGCUACCUGGUGUCCUUCCGCAGGCAGGGCAGCACCAGCUGGCAGACCGCGAGGGUGCCCGGCGCCGACGCCCAGUACUUCGUCUACAGCAACGACAGCGUCCGGCCCUACACGCCCUUUGAGGUCAAGAUCCGCAGCUACAACCGCCGCGGGGAGGGGCCCGAGAGCCUCGUGGCCGUCGUGUACUCGGCCGAGGAAGAGCCCAGGGUGGCCCCUCCCAAGGUCUGGGCCAAAGGGGUCUCGUCCUCGGAGAUGAACGUGAGCUGGGAGCCCGUGCAGCAGGACAUGAACGGUAUCCUCCUGGGGUACGAGAUCCGCUACUGGAAGGCUGGCGCCAAAGCGGCAGCCGCUGAGCGAGUGAGGACUGCAGGGCUGGACACCAGCGCCCUGGUCACGGGCCUGCACGCCAGCACCAAGUACCACGUGACCGUGCGGGCCUACAACCGGGCCGGCACCGGGCCCGCCAGCCCCUCUGCCAACGCCACAACCAUGAAGCCGCCUCCACGGCGACCCCCUGGCAACAUCUCCUGGACUUUCUCGAGCUCCAGCCUGAGUAUCAAGUGGGACCCUGUAGUACCACUGGGUAAUGAGUCUGCAGUCACCGGCUACAAGAUGCUGUACCAGAACGACCUACACCCGACUCCCACGCUGCACCUCACCAGCAAGAACUGGAUAGAAAUCACAGUUCCCGAGGACAUCGGCCACGCCCUGGUGCAGAUUCGGACCACAGGGCCAGGGGGCGACGGGGUCCCGGCAGAGGUUCACAUCGUGCGCAACGGAGGCACCAGCAUGAUGGUGGAGAACUCCGCGGUCUGUCCAGCCCCACAUCCAGACACCGCCCUCACCCACUCCGUGGCAGCGCUGGUCCUCUUGUGCUACCUGCAGCUCUGAUCUCGGCACCCUGCCUCCCCGCCACAGCUGGGCACCCACCUCGAUGGACAGCCAGCUGGCCCCAGCCCCUUCCCGAUGCCAAGGUGGCCCAGCGCUGUGCCUGAGAACUGCUGGUUUCAAACACUGACUGUAUUUACAGAGCCCUUUUUGUAGGAGGUAGGAUAUGUCAUAUUCUGCCACAGGAUAGAACCCAUGCAAGGAUUUUUUUGUUUUAAUCGAGAGGCACCAGGCAGAAACUUCCAUGAUGAUACUGAACCCUAGGCCUGGGCCCUCUAGGGUGCCUGCAUGGAAGGCAGGAAGAAGGGAGUUAGACGUGUAUCUGUGUAUCAGCGGAGAUGGCACUCUGGGACCGCAUGUGGACUCUGGCCCAGACGGCAGAGUCCCAAGCCCGGGAACACUGGACAGGAACGGGCUGAAGUGGGACAGAGCAGCAGCAGCAGCGUCGCUCGUCUAAGGAGCGGGCCCGACCCGAAGACCGGGACUCUUCUUUCCCCUCUGACAGGGCAGCACGGCUGGACCCUGACACUGUCCCCGAGGACUCCCUGGAGGCCCCCCCACCCGCCCAGACGGCUGAGAACCAGUGUCCUGGGGUUAGGCCGGCAGCCCAAGCCCCGCAGCUCUGGGUGGCCGUGCUCCCACUGCUGAGUGGGAGCUCCGAAGGGCUGAGAGGCUGGGCCUCCUGCUGGAAAGCUGCACCAGACCUGGCCGGAGGCGCAGUCACCCUCUUAGCCAACACUGCCAACCCGACCCUGUCACUCCGAGUGACGGAAGCCACGACAGGGGGCUGGUGACUAAAGGGCUUGUCUUGGGGAGGCCCCCUACCACACCAAGGCCCAUCUGCACGGUCCCUCCAGGGUCUGGGCAGGAGGUGGGACAGCUGUCGUGACCCACUGGCUUCGUCCCAGAGAACGUGAGCAGUUGUUCUGUCUGCAGUCAGGCACCUUCCGAGAAGCCCAGAGGAUAAACACGGCCCUGCCCGCUCCCAGGAACGCCCCGGGCUGUUGGGCGAGCCGACCCCCAUGCGGCCUCAGGUGCUGUUCUGCAUUUCCCCUGAAGACGAGGGGGCGAGUAAAUGGGGCCCCCUGGCCUGCUCUUGGGGUGUGAUGCCAGUCCCGGCACAUCAGAGCUGGAAGAGGCUUAGACCUCAGCGUGCCCAGGCCCCUCAGCGUGCCCAGACCCCUGCUCUGCCGGGAGGAAGCGGAGGUUGGGAGGAGCGGGGCCUGCCUUGGGUCACACAGCCCACCAGGGAUGGGGCGGAAAUGGCCCUCUUCUCCCACCAGUCCCAGGCCCAUUGUCUGCUGAGGAAGGGGGCCAUGCUGAAUGGCCAUGACCUGGUUAAGAAGGUGGUCAAGGGCAGAGGGGGCUGUGAAGACCCUGCCCAGGAGGCUCCGGUGGGUGACGGUGGGGUAUUCGGCAGGGCUGGCUUCAGCCCACGCGUGUGCAGAAUGCCGGAGGUCCCCUCUUCCUUUGCCUCCUGAGCUGGCUUCUGCUGGGCCCUCAGCAUGCAGUGCUGGCUUGGAACCCGCUGCGCCUCUUACCCUUGCUUCAAGAGAGGCCGAGGCAAGGACAGGGAUUCCCCAAAUCCAGGCAGCAGUGGAGGCAUAACCAGGAGGUUCCAAAGUCUACGUUGUGACAGGUGACCCUUCGCGCACGGGAGCAGGAGGACAGGCAUCUUGCAGGGGACAGGCCCCCUGAGCCUGGCUUCUGUAGUUUACAGUCAGAGCUCUAUUUUGUUAUGGUUUUUAAACUUUUUAAGUCCUGCUCUAUUUUACUGGGCAGGUUUAUGUUGAUGUUUACCCACUACAGUUUUUUAACAACGUAAGCUCACAUGCCUUCUCUGUGCCACCACAGUACUCACCGCCCUGCCCCUGGCCCACGGGAUUGCCCCCCCUGGGCCAUCCGAUCAAACCCUCCUCACCUGCCCCCGUCCUUCACCCCCAUGCGGUGCUGGGGGCUCAGCUCCGUGACUGCUCUGCCACUGCAGAGACCCAAACCCGCCCAGCGCCCAGCCUGGUCCUGCAAGGCUGUGAGGUGGCCUGUACCCCGCUCUUGGAAAGGGGAAUCUGAAAGGAGGAAGCCUCCUUCCAAGGUCGCGUUGAUUCUUUCUUCGUUGCCUUAGCUGCGGCAGAAGCAGGACAGGUGUCCAGAUGCCGGCCAAGAGGGCUGAGCCGCUUUGGCGCAGAACCUGUGUGGCUGCAGCUGCGGCCCUAGGCGUGCUUGAAGCCAGAGAUGCAACCAAGAGUCUUAGUUCUGGGGGGGGGGGGGGGGGGCAGACCGACCCUCUUGGAAACCCAGGAAGGAUUUUUUAUUAGUAACUAGGAAGACUCACCCUCAGCAACACCUGAGGCCUGUGUAGGGAGGACUUGUUUGGGGGGGGAGGACUCAGAACUAGACAAAAACAGAUGCUCCUGCAGGCCGAGACUUCAGGCUGCGAGCUGAUUCAGACCGAAUGAGACAGGGGACCUGAGGGCACGCCUCUUGGGGUGGUGGCUGCACAGGAGCUCGCGUGGAGGCGGAAGGUGAGAUGAGGCAACUUCUGAGUCCCUCCCUGCCCGAGAGGCCGGCCUGCCACCACCUCUGCUUGGAUGGGCUGAGGCUCCCUCCUGCCGUGGUCAUGCCGAGCCCCGGGCCGGCAGCCAAGGGGAACAGCCACAAGCGAGUGCUUCCCUCUGCAGCUCAGUGGCCAGUGAGUGCCUGAGGACUGGGGGCAGAGCGUGCCUCAGGGCCUGGGAGAAGCUCCGCGCCGCACACGCCGGGCUCGGCCUGCCCUGGUCCGGGCUCCACCAUACUGUUUGCCCCACAGCCCCGAUGUGUGCCUCAGCCCGGAGCUCUCUCCAGACACAGCCUCAGGGCCCAGCGGCGUCAGUGCCCCCACUGGGCCUCAGAUGGCACAGGCGGUGCCAGAGAACAGGAGGGCUGUGGACCAGGGGAUAAAGCGACAGCAGAGACGCCAGAGAGAUGUCUGUGAGGAGACCUGGCUAGGGGGCUCUGAGGAAUUCUGACGGCUGUGUCUUGGGGUCUAGGUUAGGUGAUGACGGGAGAGAAUGCUCUAAGUGUCCCUCAGGACUGACAUUCUUGGAAUCAAAAAGUGCUCAGCACGGGAAGUCUUGGCGCUCCUCCCUGCGGGCCCCCCCCCCCCCCCCCGCACUGCGAGGGAGUGACUGCAGUCACCGUCAUUUGCAGGGGGUGGGGGGGUGGGGGUGGUUGCAGGUGCAGCGCACCCCAGGCAUUCUCUGCCCAGCACACGCUACUGCCCCUUGGCAGUCCCGGGAGUGGUCUGGUCUCCUCUGGGCAAGAGCCUGCGCUGACUCCAGAGUGCCUCACCCCCUGGUGUCUUCCCCGCUGGAGGACUCUGCUAGUCCUGGUCUCAGAGUGUGACCGCCUGCUGGCUCCUCUCUAUGGAGAGGCAGCAGGGUGCUCACGCCUGGGUCUGCAGCACAGGGGCGGCACCCUCUUUCCCUGGCUCAGGUCAAACCAGGCUUCAUCCUGGAGAUGAGCGAGGCGGCCGGAGAGGCCCCUGGAGCAGCACAGGGGGUCAGGUGGGCACUUAAGGAGCUUCAUGGAGAGCUCCACGGAAAGAGGUUCCUGGGAGCCAGCUGUAUGUAUAGGCUUUGGGAAGGCAGGACAAUAAAAGGAAAAUGAAGAGGGAAAAAGAUGGGUCAGAUAGCUUCCCCCAGUCCUAGGAAGCCUCAUGCCCUCAGAUGGGGUCCACCCUGCUCUGACUCCCCAGACUCCAACCGACACACCCCCUCCAGGGUCUGCAUAGCUUAGAAAAGCUUGCAAGGGCAAGGGUUGGGGCUUCAUCGGACCACUGUCAACUCGGCUUUUGUUAAAAUGGACCCGCUCCCACUGAUCUGUUAUUACCUGCCUCUCUCACACUUCUUGUAAGGGUAGUUAUUUAUUGACUCUGGUAGCGGGCAGUUCUUAAAUAAAGAUGAUUUCUCAACCUGGU